CACUUUCUGAUGAAGGCGUUUAAUGACAAGUAUUAAAGUUAGUAUAUAUAUAAAAGGACAUUUGAUUUAGCAUCGUACAUGAUCAGUGAUCUACCAAAUAUCUACACCAUUAAAGCUGUAAAUUGUACUGGGAACCACAAUCAUGAAGAUGUCAAUAGUAUCAAGUAUCAUCUGUCUAGUUAUAGCUGUGGAUCUUACAUUUGCAGUACCAACUGCCCACAGACAAAAAAGAUGGGAUUGGUUUUCGAGGGCAAGAGAAUUGUAUAAAAAUGCCAGAGAUCACAUAAGUGAUGCCGUUGAUACCGCUGGAGAUGUGGCUGAUACCAUAGGGGUUCAUGCACGGGAACACCUAAAUCUCGCUGCAGACCAUUUAGAAGACCUAGGCGUCCCACGUGAAAGAAUUAACGAGACAGGCAAAAGAAUAAAUAAUAUAACAAGUCAGGUGGUUCAGAGAGGACAGGACAUAAUUGAGAAUGGUCAGAAUGGACUUUCCAGAGUAGCAGAACACGCAAUGAAAAAAGCAAUGGAAGCUAUCGAAAACAAUAGAGAUUUUCUAGAAAACAGUCAUAAGCAUAUUUCGAGAGUAGCCGAUUCUAUGGCAGACAUAUUCGGCAAUUUCCGGGAUUUGGUCAACAACCGACGGAAUCAACAAGAACCAUCAAGCAAUUCUAGAUUGACACUAAUCACUGACGAUGACGUAAAAGUGAUUCAUUGAACAUUUGAAAUUUGAAGUCGGAAAUAAUUUGUAUUCGACAACUUUAUACAUUAUAUUCUUUUUCCUUACUCUAUCAAUAAAACCAUCAAAUUAUA